AUGACUUCAAAAAAUGAUUCUUCAUUUGCAUUGGCUCCUCUACUAAAUUUACCUCAAAAUGGAACAACAAAACGUCUUUCAAUUAAUUAUGAACAAGAAUCUUCUCUACCUGUGUUUGUCCCAACUUCAAAAAACCCAUCGAGUGGAAAGAUGACUUUAUUUUUGGAUAAAUAUGAAAAAAUUGCUAAAAUAGGUGAAGGUUCUUAUGGAAUUGUUUUUAAAUGUCGAAAUAAAGAAAAUGGAGAGAUAGUUGCGAUCAAAAAAUUUGUUGAGACUGAUGAAGAUCCAGCUAUUAGGAAAAUUGCUUUUCGUGAGAUAAGAAUGUUAAAACAACUAAAACACGUAAAUUUGGUUAAUUUAAUAGAAGUUUUUAAACGAAAUAAAAAGCUACAUUUGGUUUUUGAACACUGCGAAAGAACAGUUUUGGAUGAUUUGGAGAAAUAUCCUAACGGAUGUCCUGAAUUGUUAACAAAAAAUAUUAUUUUUCAAUUACUUGAAGCAACUCGUUUUUGUCAUUCUAAAGGAUGUGUUCACAGAGAUAUAAAACCAGAAAAUAUUCUUUUAACUUCACAAAAUGUUGUUAAACUUGGAGACUUUGGAUUUGCCAGGAUUUUAAACCCAAACGAAUUACUUACUGAUUAUGUUGCUACUCGUUGGUAUCGUGCCCCAGAACUUUUAGUAGGCGACACUAGAUAUGGAUUUCAAGUAGAUGUUUGGGCUAUUGGAUGUGUUUUUGCUGAAAUGUUGACUGGAGAACCUGUAUGGCCCGGAAGAUCUGAUGUUGAUCAACUUUAUUUAAUUAUUCAAACACUUGGUCAAAUAACUUCAAGGCAAAUGCAAACAUUUUUUGAAAAUUCCUAUUUUCGCGGUAUCAGUAUACCAGAACCUGAACAUUAUGUUGGGUUAGCCCAAAGACUUGCACAAACAGAAAAUCCAGAUUCUUCACUUGACGAGAUUGCUAUCGACUUUCUUCUGAAAUGUCUUCACGUAAAUCCAGAAAUGCGUUGGAGUGCUGAAGAACUUUUAAGACAUCAAUAUUUUCGCGAAUUUAUUUUUAAAUUGCCGGAAUUUGAUGGAGGGGAAGCAACAAAUAAUGGAUAUCUGCCUGUACUUGCUGAGAGAAGAAGACAAAGUUAUUCACAACAAAUAAUUAAUUCAGAACAAGAAGGCCAAAGAACGGUUGAUUCAACGCAUCUACCAUCAAUUCUGUGAUAAAUUUAUAUAUUUUGAUCUAAACGAUAAAGUCCAAGUAUUUUUCAGUUAAUUUAUUUUUAAUAAUGAAUUGGCGAUCUGAAUCGUAACCUUUAAUUAAACAUGGGCCAGAAGUUUGUUUUUUAAUCUGGAGCUCCGCACAAUCAUAGUACAAAA